AUGGAUAACUUCGAUCCGACGGACAACUUCAUGAAUGUUGAGACAGAAGCAGAGGAACGAGAUGCACCUGAAGCAGGCAUCAACCUAAUGGGAUCGUUCCCCUUCCUGCCUUUGGACGGCGCCUUCGACAUAAACUCGUGCCUUCCUCAGACUCCCUUCUACGAGGCGCCUUUCGCCGACUUGGGCAGUCAGCAAAUCGGCUGCUCCUCCUCCGAGCAGGAAGGAGGCGGCCACCACCAACACGACCAUGCACAGCCCCUCCUCUCGUCCCCUACCAAUUUAUCUGGAAGCGAACCUUCGAGGUCUCUUGUCUCCGAGAGAAAGAGGAGAGGGAGGAUGAAGGAGAAGCUCCUUGCUCUCAGAUCGUUGGUGCCCAACAUAACCAAGAUGGACAAAGCUUCAAUAAUUGGAGAUGCCACGGCUUACGUGCAAGAGUUGCAAAAAGAAGCAACGAAACUGUCCGAGGAAAUUGUACAGCUAGAGUGUUGUUUAGAAGGUGGAGAAGGACGUCGCUGUGAACUUGAUUUCGAUACUCCGAAACAAGUUACUGACAGUGAGGAAUCUUUACCUUGUAGGAUAUUACAGAUUGAAAGAAAAUACAUAGAUGAAGAAUUCCUCGUCCAGUACUACUACUACCCAUUUAUUCCUCGUACAAUUGUACUUUAA